UAUAUAUAAAAAAAUUAUUUAACCUACCUAGGUUUCAUCAUAUUUUCAUAGAGAGAAAAAAAAAAACAUUUAUUUUCUUAAUUUUCUUUUCUUCUUCCACAUUGGAAUGGAAGAUCAACAACAAAAACAACAUGUUCAGACUCAAAGUUCCAACACCAAUAAUCCAAACAACACUGAAAAGAGUGAAACUGUGAGAUCAAGAUGGACACCAAAGCCUGAGCAAAUCCUCAUACUUGAAUCCAUUUUCAAUAGUGGAAUGGUGAAUCCACCAAAAGAUGAAACUGUUAGAAUAAGAAAACUUCUUGAGAAAUUUGGACCUGUUGGUGAUGCUAAUGUUUUCUAUUGGUUUCAAAAUCGUCGCUCCCGCUCUCGUCGUCGUCAGAGACAGAUGCAAGCCGCAGCCGAGCUAGCCGGAGGAGGCGGUGCAAAUCUUUACCACCAAUACCAGUGCAAUACCAACAGUAACUCUAUGUCUGUUGGUACUGCUAUUGGUUUUGGUGGUUCAUCUGGUCUCACUAUGAUGAACCCUCCUUCUGGUUCUUCUUAUAAUAAUAAUUUUUCGAGUUCAUCUUCGGUGUCUGGUGUUGGUGUCGGUGUCGGUGGUGCAGAAGAAGGGUUUCCUGGUUUAUUUUUAGGUUCUUCUCAAAUUAAUUUUCCUGAGAUUGAUCAUACUUCUGCUGCUUCUUCAGUUUUGAACCCUUCUCAUGAUCAUGCUUUAAAUUUGAACUAUCAUCAUUCAGGAUUUGGGGGGAGUGAUGUUUCAGGUUUGAUCACAGUGUAUAUCAAUGGAGUUGCAACAGAAGUAGCAAGAGGUGCAAUUGACAUGAAAACAGUGUUUGGUGAAGAUGUUAUGUUAAUUCAUUCCUCUGGAGUUUCAGUUCCAACCAAUGAAUUUGGCAUCUUGAUGCAGAGCUUGCAGCAUGGUGAAAGCUAUUUUCUGGUUUCAAAGCAAACACAAGCAUGAAGAAAUGAACAAGUAGCACAACAAUGGAAAAAUGGAGGCAUUGGUUAAUAAUAUGUUUCUUUUAUAUAUUACUUUAUCUUUUUUGUCCUCAUUCUCUUAUAUUUUGAAAUGUGGUUCAAAUAUAUGAGACCUUCUAUAUAUGUGAUUACAGAAAUCUGUAUCUAUAUCUAUUUGACAAUUAUAUUAU